GUCAUUAGGACUAGGUGUAGUUAAUAAGUGUAACCGCUAGAUGGCAGAACCUCGGUUCAAGGCGUACAGAAGCAGAGUCGUUUUUCUGUUUGUAUACAAGUGUUUCAAUGGCGACUAUCGGUGAACUGAAAAGUGUGCUGAGGGACGCGUUGGAGUCCAGUGGGGCACUGGGUCAGCUAAGGGCUCGGAUCCGGGCGGAGGUGUUCACUGCCCUGGAUGAUCAGCGUGAACCUCGACCACAGCUGAGCCACGAAAACCUGCUCAUCAACGAGCUCAUCAGAGAGUACCUGGAGUUCAACAAGUACAAGUACACAGCGUCAGUGCUGACUGCAGAGUCCGGUCUUCCUGAAGUUCAUCUGGACAGACAGUUCCUGGCUGAUGAGCUGAAAGUCAGAGAGGACACAAGCUCCAAGUCUGUACCUCUUCUCUAUGGCCUGGUGUCUCACUUCCUGAACAGUGGUGAUGACAGAGGGAAGGUGUUUCUACGAGGUUCAUCUUUGCCAACAAAGAGCACAGCUGCUGACAAAGGAGCUGGAACUGAUGCCUAAGAACUGAUGCCUAAGAAGAGACAGAGCAGCUUAUACUGGACUAUGUUUUUAGGUGAUUCCACAAAUGACAGCAGGAGAUUGGAUUUCAACUGAGUGCAGGGAGUAAACACUUACUUUAUUAUUUUUGUUGCCAAAUGACCAUCGAUUACUUCAUUUUGUUGUGAUAUUAUUUUAUACCCUGGCCUAUUUUUACAUUAUUUAUAGCAACAGUCCAAUGGUUAUAGGUUCUAAUCUUCUUUCUUAAUUAUUUUUCUUCUUUUUUUAAAAUAAAUAUUUUUCUCUAUUCAUUCAAAA